GCGGGGAGGCCGAGCGGGCGGAGCGGAUCGUCGCCGAGGAGCCGCCAUGGAGGCGCGGGGGCAGCCGCAGUCGCCGGCAGCGGACCGGAGGAGCCAGGGCGAUGCCAACCCGGCGGCCACGGCCCACAUCGCGGAAGACGUGCAGGGCGACGACCGGUGGAUGUCCCAGCACAACCGCUUCGUCUUGGACUGCAAGGACAAGGAGCCCGACGUGCUCUUCGUGGGCGACUCCAUGGUCCAGUUGCUGCAGCAAUACGAGAUAUGGCGAGAACUUUUUUCACCAUUACAUGCACUGAAUUUUGGGAUUGGUGGAGACACUACAGGACAUGUUUUGUGGAGACUGAAGAACGGUGAACUGGAAAAUAUUAAGCCCAAGGUCGUUGUUCUUUGGGUUGGAACCAACAACCAUGAAAACACAGCAGAGGAAGUAGCUGGUGGAAUAGAGGCCAUCGUGAGACUGAUCAAUACCCGGCAGCCCCAGGCUAAAAUCAUUGUACUGGGCCUGCUCCCUCGAGGUGAGAAGCCAAACCUGCUGCGGCAGAAGAACUCCAAGGUGAACCAGCUCUUGAAGGCCUCCUUGCCGAAGCUGGCCAGUGUCCAGCUGCUGGAUGUGGAUGGGGGCUUUGUGCACUCGGAUGGCGCCAUUUCAUGCCACGACAUGUUUGAUUUUCUGCACCUGACGGGUGCCGGCUACGCAAAGAUCUGCAAACCCCUCCAUGAACUCAUCAUGCAGCUGCUGGAGGAAACCCCGGAAGAGAAACAGGCAACCCUGGCCUGACAGCCUCCCCACCCCACCCCACCGCCAUCAGCCCAGUUCUGUUUUCCAUGGCACUACUGAAUCCUCGCUCAACAUGCUUCCCAUUGUUGAAUGUUACUGGGUGUUGUGUUCAGCCCUGGAAAGGGAGGUGGAGGGUGGCACGGCCGGUCCCGCAGCCUGUGGCUGGCCAAAGAUGUCCCAGGGCCUCUUUGGUCACUUGGCCUGAACAGGAUCUCCCCGUGGCCGCUUCUCCCUCCUGGGGUGGUGAGAAUGCUGGUCAGCGGCCCGUUGGCUCCUGCUGCUCUCCUUUUCCCAUUCCUGCCUCCUCAGUGUCCAGGCUGCCCACAGCAUUGAAAUGCCUAAACUCAUCGGUCGCACUCACAUUCCACUCCCUGGACUGAAAAGUAGCUGCUUCUUUAAAAGUUGGAAUUGUUUGAAGAGUUUUUAUAUUUACUGGAUUUGGGUUUUUGUUUUAAGUGAUAUUAGCUGCUUUCUUGCUUUGGCAAACAAACCAGAACAGGAGACGGCUACCUGUGACAACUUGAUACAUGUGAACAAUUAUGGGUUGAGUGAGUGAACAUUUAACUUGGCUAUUUCAUUUCUUUGUUUAAAAGGAUGUGAUUCCCUUGCUGGGAACAGGAUGGGGGGUGGUCGGCUUCGGAAAAAACCUGCCUCUGAGGUGUGUUGGUGCAACACUCCCAACUUGUCCAAGGCCUUGGAGCCUGUCUGCUCAUUCCCAUCCAGAUUAAACUGACGCUUCUUCUUGCUAGGUUA